CAGCAACUGAGGGAGAAGAGGGGGAGAAAGGAGAGAAGAAAGCUACCAGUCAGAGGAGGAAAAGAAGCUGAAGAAGUGAACUGGGAGACGGGGUGGAAAACUCUGUAACACUGCCAGCAGUCUGUCAUGGAAAGAAAGAAAGAAGCAAUGGCAUUCAUCUUCUGGAUUGGUCUUUGGAGUCUUCUCCAACUCACAGAAGCCAGUAUAACUUCUCCUCCUUUGCCAAAUUGUUCAACAGCAAAAGAUGAAGCACUUCUACCCUCACCAAACAAGACUGUGUUGAGAAGAGACCCACAUCUAAGAAGAGGUGAUUUCAAUAUGACUGAAUGGAACAAUACAUUCUUUCCAACUGUAAACCUGAAUGUGUCUCAUCAUAUCUGUAGAGAAUGUGAACACAUCAUGGCCUUUCUUACAUGCUUAUUAAGAGGCCAUAUGUUUGCUCGUUUUAUUGUCUCCAUCUUCAUGGUUGGACUUUUUGGAAACAUAAUCAUUUUCUUCUUUCUUCUCUUCCACUUUCAGAGGAAUUCCUGGAGUGCCUAUAUCUGGAACUUAGCUGUGGCUGACUUUAGUGUCCUUAUAUUUUUAUGCAGUAUCUGUCUAUUUGCUUUUGUUAAUAACAUUUGCCAGGAUCUGAGUGGUGCUUUCAUCAAGUUGUUCCUACUCCUAGCAUACCUGUUUUUAUCCAUGCAGUGUUUUAGCCUGCAUUUCCUUGUGGCCAUCACUAUUGAUUGGUGUUUGGUGGCCCUGAUCCCAAGCUGGCACAGAGGGCAGCGACCAGACUAUAUGGCACCUCUCAUAUCUGCUAUUUUGUCUGCCCUUCUCUGGCCACUGUCUUGCCAGCUAUUACUCCUUUUCCAUCUAGAUAUUGACAGACAAACAAUUGUCAUCAUGUCACUGAUGAUUUUUGUCCCACUUAUGGUCAUCUCAACUCAGACCCUGAUCAUCAAGAUUUGGUGUAACUUACGCCAUGAAAGCAAACUCCAUGCAGAGGUUUUACUGGGAACCCUUUUCUCCCUUGUCACGUGGGCCCCUAUACGCUUGUUCUUCAACAUGAACAAUGAGUUUGCUAUCAUCUCCUUAUUAGCUUUUGUGCUCACUUCUCUCAGCAGCACCAUUAACCCUGUGCUUUACAUUCUUGUUGGGCAAAUACUUCUACCCAUUUCUGAGAGUACAAAGUUGCACUCUAGAUCGAUCCAAGGGAGAUUAAAUCCACUAAAGAGCUGAGCACUUAGGAAUUCUGGGCAAUGGGGGAAGAAAGACAAGUUUGAUAGAAGAAAAAAUAUGUGGUCUGUAUCUUUUUUGCUUUUGCAAGAAUGGAAUUGAGAAAAUCUUACUAGUUUAUUAAUUUUUAAGUGCUGGA